UGGACAAUGUCAGGAAAUGACUGAAUGGCAAACGGGCUGGGUCCCAGGAGCAGGAACAGAGGAACAAACAACUCUGGAAAGCUGAGACAACACACUCAGCACCGCAACCGCACCAGUUAACUCUGGAAACUAGUGCUGUAAUCUGCACUAGAUAUUUGUUCCUCUCAAUAUUCCUCAUUUUUGGAUGUAAACAGGACAGCAAGGGACUGAAGUGAUUUGAAGAGAGGUCAUUGAGAUGUUUGGGGCAAUGUUUCCCCUAUGGCUCCUGAUCUGCAGUACAGCUUGGGCAGCACAAUCAGGGCUAAGCCUCAAAGUCAACAGCAGUGACACAAAAUCAGACUGGAUCUGGAACCAGCUCGCUUCCUGGGAGGGAGUAAAAGAUCCCCGACAAAUCGGAAAGGUAGAAUCAGGAAGACACGUGUUGGGAAAAACACAAUACGUUCUACGUGGUGAGGGAGUAGGAACUAUUUUUAAAGUGAAUCCAGAUACCGGAAACAUUGGCGUGUUCAGAGAGUUGGACCGGGAGAAGAAGGGCCGUUAUAAAUUAGAAGGAUUUGUGAUUGACAUAAAGUCUAAGAAACAAGUGGGUUCUUCAACCAACUUCACUAUUAAUGUUCUGGACCUGAAUGACAAUGCACCCAUAUUUACAAAAGACCCGUUUAAUGGAACUGUUCCUGAGAUGUCUGGUACAGGAACUUCCAUUCUCACUGUGAGUGCUCAUGACCCAGAUGACCCAACUGUUGGAAAACAUACAGAAGUGACCUAUAAGCUUCUAAAUAAUGAGAACAAUUUCUCCAUUGAUCAGAUGACAGGAAUUAUACGUGUUGUGAACCCUAACCUGGACAGGGAGAGGAAGAAAGACUAUCGGGUCAUUGUCCAAGCCAAGGACAUGGGUCUUGAACAAGGAGGAAUGAGCUCAUCUGCUACUGUAUACAUCUCUCUGACUGACAUCAAUGACAACGCACCCUACUUCCCACACAGGCAAUACAACUAUUCUGUUUUGGAGGAUGCCACAAUUGGAAGUGCAGUAAAUCGAGUGAAAGCCAAGGACCUGGAUGAAGGAGAGAAUGCAAAAAUACUGUACACAAUUGUCAGUCGCAAUAGUAUGUUUGGCAUUAAAACAGACCCACAUACACAAGAGGGAGUUAUAACAGUCAAGAAGAGCCUGGAUUUUGAGAAGCAGCGACAGCACCAGAUUGAAUUGGAAGCAGAAAACCCCACAUUAGUGAAGGGGCUGAAGUACAAGACUAAGACAGUUGUUGUCAUCGAUGUGCUCGAUGUGGAUGAGCCUCCGGUAUUCAGCCGAGGUCACUACACCUUCACUGUCAGUGAGAACCAGCCCAUUGACACCUCGAUCGGGAGGGUUUCAGCUAAGGACCCAGACCGCGCCAAAAACAGCAUUUGGUACUCAUUAAUAGAUGGGAAAGAAUUUUUUGACAUCAGACAAGAUGAUGGUGUGAUUAAAACCGGUGUGGAGCUAGAUCGAGAAGAUAUUGCCUGGCACAACAUCACAGUGGCAGCCCAUGAAGUUGGUAAAAACAAUUCCACAUCCUAUACUCAAGUGACAAUUAAAGUGUUGGAUAAAAAUGAUAAUGCUCCAACUUUGGCUGAAAACUACAAUCCCCAUGUCUGUGAAGAUGAUGCAGUUGGAACGGUUAUCCAAAUGAUCUCUGCUGUUGAUCUCGAUGAAAUUACUCCAUCUGUCAGAUUUCAUUUCAGGAUAGCGGAGAAGGACAGCAACUUCUCAGUCAAGGACAAUGGCAAUAACACUGCCAACAUCACUGUCAAACAGGCAGGCUUCGAUCAGAAUGAGGCCAGCAAGUUCUUGUUGCUGAUAAACAUCUCCGACAACGGGAAUCCAUCCCUGAGGAGCACUGAGAAACUGGAGAUCAAUGUGUGCACCUGUGACAGAGACAGGAAGCCGAUACACUGCCGGCACUUUGCUCCGCUCACCUCAGGAGUCACCGUCACCGUCCUGCUGAUUGUCUUCCUCUGCAUCAUCGUUGCUAUUGUGUUGGCAGUGCUGAUUGUCCACCACAAGAUACGGAAGAAGAAUGCCUUUGUGGGGUUGGUGAAGCCUCCGGGUGAAAUCCGGGAGCAGUUGGUGAGGUAUGACGAAGAAGGGGGUGGGGAAAUGGACACUAACUCCUUCGACAUCACGGUGCUGAACUCUCUCCGAGUGAACGGCCCACGGCCAGCGAAGGCUGUGAACUGCAGCCCUGUUUACGCCCCGAUCAGAAAGCCCAACAACGACAUGGGCUCAGUGGUCAAGAUGAAGAAGGAUGAAGCAGACGGUGACAGAGAUGGCCUGCCCUACGACACCCUCCAUGUCUACGGUUACGAAGGCGCUGACUCAGUCGCUGACUCACUGAGCUCCCUCGACAUCUCCUCCAUCGACUCCGAACAGGAUUACGAUUUCCUCACUGACUGGGGACCCCGGUUUCAAAUGUUGGCCGAUCUUUAUGGAUCAGAUCCGGACAGGGCGAUAGGAGAUUAUUGAAGCGAGAGACGGAGAUGUGAUUCGUGUUUUUAUUUGGGUAAAGAGGUUUACCAAGUGGGGUGAGGAAAGGAAGCUAUAAAAUGAAAGUGGAUCAUUAGUUUGUAUAUCACAAGAGUAUCAGAACAAGAGGAGGUCAUUUUGCCUUUGCUGCAUGUUCUACAAUUCAACUAGAUCAUGUCCAUUUUUUCAAAUUAACGUGUUAAGACCAUAAGGUGUGGGAGCAGAACCAGACCAUUCAGCCUAUCGAGUCUCCUCUGCCAUUCAAUGAGGUCAUAAGUGAUCUGAUAAUCCUCAGUUCCACUUUCCUACAUUUUCCCCAUAUCCCUCGAUUCCCUUCCUGAAUAAAAACCUGUCUCCCUCAGCCUUGAAUAUUCUCAACAACCCAGCCUCAACAGUCCUGUACAGUAAAGAAUUCCACAGAUUCACUCCUCUCUGAGACACAAAAUUCCUCCUCAGCUGUCUUUUCCUCCUCAGCUGGACCCUUCACUCUGAGGUGGCGCUCUGUGGUCCUUGAUUCUCCCACCAGGAGACACAACUUUGGCACAUCGGGGAUGUUAUUACACACCUCUGGAGCUGGAGGGACUUGGAGCCAAGCCUUCUGGCUCAGAUGCAGGGGCAAUGCCAGUACCCGGCAAGAGUCCUGUGGUUGACCUGUAUCAUAAUUCUAUCUACCUUCCUUAUCUCGUAACUAUGACUGACAAAACGCUUUGUUUUCAUUCAUGGUAUAUGAGUGUCACUACCUAAACCAGUACGCAUUACCCAGAGGACAGUUAAAAGUCAACCGUGUUGCUGGAGUCACGUGUAGGCCAGACCAGGUAAGGAUGGCAGUUUCCUUCCCUAACGGGUAUUAGUGACCCAGAUGGGUUUUUCCAACAACCAACAACUGUUCCGUGCCAACAUUAGAUUCUUCAUUUCCAAUUUUUAUUGAAUUCAAAUUCCACCACCUGCGCAGCAGGGAUUUGUCCAACAAUAAUAUCACGAAGCCAUCGCCUGCUCAGCAUUGCAUUGUAACACACAUUAAUAAGAACUAAAUUAAUAACUACUCGAAAAGUGAGAGACAAUCACUGAGUCAACUAUCAAAUUCAUUGACGGUUCUUGCAUUACAAUAACGGCGUGUUAUGUUGCCAACAGAGGAGCAGGACAAUGUCAAUGAGCUGUGGAUGGUUAAUGGAGGUGAGCUGGGAUGGUGGAGGGAGUGAUGGUGAGGGAUGUCUUUCUUUGAUCUGACUCUCAGAUUCAGACAGUUGUCCUGAGAUGAGUCACCAGGAGACAGUCAGAGUUUUCUUCACUGACGCAUUGAUGCACAGUAACACCAGACUGUACUGAAUUUACAGCAUUAAAAUAGACCAUUCUGUCCAUCCUUUCUGUUCCACUUGAGCUUCCUCCAUUUCAUCCAAAUUCCCUUUCCUCAUACUCUCGCUCACCUUCAUUUCGAGUCCAUAAAGUGUGGCACUGGAAAAGCACAGCGGGUCAGGCACCAUCCAAGGAGCAGGAGAGUUGAUGUUUCAGGCUUAACCCUUCAUCAGGAAGUCCAAAAACAUCGAUUCUCUCGCUCCUCAGAUGCUGCCUGAUCUACUGUGCUUACUCCAGCACCACUCUAUAUCGACUCUGACUUCUCCAGCAUCUGCGAUCCUCACCACCCCAUCAUUUCUGUACUACUCACCUCAACCUCACCCUGUCAUAAUGUGAUCCGGAUUCUCAGAGCAAGGGAGUUUCUAAAGAUUUCUAAAUGACUAUCUUAUAUUUAUGGCCUUGAAUGCUCACUGCCAAAUUGAUGAAACAUUGCAACACUGUAAAAAAGAAGCAGAAAAGAUAAGCUUUAAUAAAACUUCUGUAACAGGGGCUUACAGUCUGGAGUUUUCUCAAUUUGCUUUAACUGCCCACCAAUCAGGACCUGCCUGGAUGGGAAAAUGCAUUGGGAAUUCUCAUUCUGUAACCAUGGAAACAUUCAGGCCUACCUAGUUUGGAAUAUAUCAAAAUUAAUUUUGUUCAAAGCCUAUAGGUGUUUAGUUGCAUUUUAAAUGUCUUAACUUUUUAGAUUGAUUUAACACAGCAUGUAAAGGGUUUUAUCAUAACCUUUUUUUUAAACUUUUUAAACGUAACUUUGAAAAGUCUUGAAGCAAUCAGCAAUAGGUAUUUCACGUGUGUGCCUUCCUAUGAGGAAUGUCUGUUUGUAAUAAUUUUGUAAAUACUUUGUAGGCAGUGGGUAAUAGUUACUCGGUGGUUGGUGUAGCUGUUGUAAUGAACAUCCCGUUGUUACAAAGUUCGUUGUUUUUACAUUGUCUUCUGAUGUUUGGAAAAAAUUUGUUAAUAAACGGUUUAUAACA